AUGCGUUUCUGCGUCCUCGAGCUGCUGCUCCUCGCCUGGUUGGCGUUAAGUGAUAUCGCGCACUUUGGUCGCUCGGUCGGUGCUCAAACCACUUGCUCCAGUCGCGUCCGAAAGCCAUGGGGGGCCAUGACCACCGCUGAGCAGAACUUGUACGUCGAAGCGCUUGGUGUCGGCAUGCAGCAGGGAUACCACAUCCUGUUCGCGGAGCUGGCGUCCGAGAAGGCGUCGUCAUCGGAGUUCCUGCGCACUUGCGGCUUCCUGUACUGGAAUCGGCGCUUCGUGCUCGCCUACGAGAACAUGCUGCGCAGUCUGGACCCCAAGUACGCGUGCCUCACGAUCCCGUACUGGGACUACUUCGCCGACUACGCGCGGUUCAUCGAGGGUAUGUGCGAGAACGGCGGCACCUCGCUGGAAGCUUGCUCGUCGAUUCUGCGCGGACUCGGCGGCUCGCAGGGAGCGGUGCGAUCCAUGAACAUCAACGGGAGGACCAUCUCGGGCAACUGCGUCACCAACGCACCAGCCAACUCGUUCUGCGAGAGCUCCACCAUCACGGACCCGACUCGAUGUGCCCACUGCAUUCCCCGCUCCGACUGGUCCACCACGACGUUCCCAUCCGGCUUCGGAUACGCUGGGCUGGGGGUGACGCUGAGCGGGGCUAGCGGCUUCCGAGACGUAAGCAUCAAGAUCCAGAACGGGACGCACAAUUCCAUUCACAACGCAUUGUCGUCCGUGCUCGCCACAUACGUUAGCCCCGCGGAUCCAGUCUUCUACAGCAUCCACGCGACCGUCGACCUGCUUCACCAGAUCUACCUCGAAUGCCAGCUCGGCGACAACGUCGUCCCGACCGCAACGGGCGUCUCGCGGUGGGCGUUCCAGACGUGCACAUUGUACCCGGACGCUGUGAGCCCGACCGCAACGUCGAACGUACUGCAGCAGUGGAUGGUCGAUACGACCUACCCAACCUCCACGACCGCCAUUCGCGCGGAAGACCACCCGCAGCUUGGCCAGUUCUUCACGCCGCUGCCGUCCAAGUACUGGGAGUAUGUCAACAUCAACCAGCUCGGGCAAUUCUCGUACCAGUACCAGCGCAACGACCUGAUCACGAACAUGGUGAACAAUGGCUUCGUCUGUCCUAAGCGCACCACUCCCAUCCAGGCGUCCCUCUCAUUCGGAGCUGUGGAAGCAACCACGACCUUGGAUGCAACAACUACUGAGACACCAAGCACCGCCCGCAAGCUAGCUGAAUCGGGGAGUAUGGAGACCGAAACGUUCGAGUCGGAGCAAGAGGAGCGUGAGUACAUUGAGCAGCAGGCGACGGACCUCCUGGAAACCACUUUGAACGCGACCAUCAAAGUCGACGGAACUGCGAAGACUGCAUUCACCCAAGCUGAGCUCAUCGAGUGCCAGUACUACAAUGACAACAUCGCCGAAGUGGAGGACUACUCACCUGUCUUCCGCAUGAACUACGGCCUGGGCCCCAACGACCACACGCGUUGCUGGCAGCUGCUUCACAUGAUGCAGACUGGCAAAGCGGAGAUCCGUGUCGAUAACUGGCGUGACAUCAUGAGCGAGCACUUCGACGGGAGCAGCAGCAGCGAAUCCCCUUGA